UGCAACAGUGUGCACAGGGUGCUUGAAGGAUGACCGCAUCGCCUUCUGGACCUGGAUGUUCUCCACCUACUUCAUGGAGAAAUGGGCGCCACGGCAGGACGACAUGCUGUUCUACGUGCGCCGGAAGCUGGCGUUCUCGGGCACCGAGAGCGGUGUCGACGGGAGGAAGCUGGCGGAGGCUGAGCCCGAGGUGGAGGUGGAGGUGGAGGUGUACCGGCGGGACUCCAAGAAGCUGCCGGGCUUGGGGGACCCUGACAUUGACUGGGAGGAGAGCGUCUGCCUGAACCUCAUCCUCCAGAAGCUGGACUACAUGGUGACAUGUGCCGUGUGCACGCGCUCGGAGGGGGGCGACAUCCACAUCCAUAAGAAGAAAUCCCAGCAAGUGUUCGCGUCCCCUAGUAAACACCCCAUGGACAGCAAAGGGGAGGAGUCUAAGAUCAGCUACCCCAACAUCUUCUUCAUGAUCGACAGCUUCGAGGAGGUGUUCAGCGACAUGACUGUGGGGGAAGGAGAGAUGGUCUGUGUGGAGCUGGUCGCCAGUGACAAAACCAACAUGUUCCAAGGGGUCAUCUUCCAGGGCUCCAUCCGCUACGAGGCGCUCAAGAAGGUGUACGACAACCGGGUGAGCGUGGCCGCCCGCAUGGCGCAGAAGAUGUCAUUUGGCUUCUACAAGUACAACAACAUGGAGUUCGUGCGCAUGAAGGGGCCCCAGGGCAAGGGUCACGCAGAGAUGGCCGUCAGCCGUGUGUCCACUGGUGACACGUCCCCCUGCGGGACUGAAGAGGACUCCAGCCCGGCUUCGCCCAUGCACGAGCGGAUGACCUCCUUCAGUACGCCCCCCACCCCGGAGCGGAACAACCGGCCCACCUUCUUCUCCCCGUCCCUCAAGAGGAAGGUGCCCCGGAACCGCAUCGCCGAGAUGAAAAAGUCUCACUCUGCCAACGACAGCGAGGAGUUCUUCCGAGAGGACGAUGGUGCAGCUGACCUGCACAACGCCACCAACCUGCGGUCCCGGUCCCUGUCUGGCACGGGGCGGUCCCUGGUCGGGUCCUGGCUGAAGCUGAACAGAGCGGAUGGAAACUUCCUUCUCUAUGCACACUUAACCUACGUCACCUUGCCGCUGCAUCGGAUCUUAACAGACAUCCUGGAAGUUCGGCAGAAGCCCAUCCUGAUGACCUAGCCGUGCGCGGAGCCCACACGGAGCCCCCGGCCCGGCCCUGGAAGUACUGCCAAGUGCCUACCUGUCCACCGCCACCGGGGUCUCUGUGACAGCCCAGCGCCGGAGCCGGAGCCGGAGCCAGGCGGGCCACUCCACCCUGGGCCAGGGCCGACUCCAUGAACACCAGCCCAAACUGAAGUGCCUCUUCCUCCUCCCCCGCUGGCUCUGCUCCUGCCCUGCGCCCAUCCCCAUCGCUCCAGCCCGUCUCUGGAGAGCCGUCUGCACCCAAAGACAACCACAGACGCCAGGAGGCCAUCGAGAGAGCGAAGGAGCAGCAGCGUCCAGUGUCCGGACCCGCCGACCCCAGGUGCUCGUCCCGCUCGACAGCAGGCAGGACCGCCCAGCUGGGGCACCCCGCGUGCCCACUGUCCGCACCUCUUCACGAAGCGUUUACGAUUGUGCAGUUCCGUGCCAAUGAACCUCAGCGUCCGCGUUGGUCCCGACAUGUCUGUCCUCCCUAGCGUGGUCCUAAAGGGGGCGCCCUGGGGAGAUGGGAGCACAGCUGUCGGAUGGUGUGGCCCUGGGCGGGAACCUGUCACCCCACACCCGGUUCCAGGAAGGCCUCGAGCUCAGCAGACAGGCCCUGAUCCUGCCAGAAUGGCCUUCGCUUCCAGCCAAAGAGCACCGCCCGCGCACGUCCAACCGGGAGACAUCCCGCUCCAGGCCUCGGCGCUGAGCCCAGAACGUGGACUGAGGAUGGGAGGGCUCGGGCCAGACGGGAGGGACGGGGUGGGUGGGGUCGGCAGGCUCCUAGGAGGGCUCAUGCUCCUUGGGCUGGGAGGGGCUGGGGUUUCAUCUCUGGUUUUCCAGAGGUUACCUCCCUUGCCUGAGUGUGCUGGUCCCAUUUCUCAGACCAACGCACUGAGGCGAAGGGGCAUUGGCUUCUAUGCGGCCGCUAUGGUCAGGUGUGGGUGGCACAGGAGCCCCGGGCUUGCCUAUGGCCUGGUGCCAGCCAGGAUCUCCGCCUGUGAGGACGCACGUGCCCUUCUCAAAGCCGAGCCCUCAGCAGGAGGCCUGGCCAGCUCCCUGGGAGCGGUCGCCGGUCUCUGUUGCUUCGUGGCUGGGUC